UCUUCAGAGACAGCAUCUUCAACACUGGAAGAAAUCGUGGCUGGUUUACAACAUGUUACAUGUUAUGUGAUCUACCCGCUGAUGGGAUUUAUGAGACGAGAGGAGCAGCCAUGAGUUCAACUGCAGCAGCAACUGGAUUGUUUCUCUUCCUUCUCUCUCUGCCAGUGGUGCAGAGUCAGAAUGAUUAUGCAGUGACUUACACUUCUACUCAGAUCUGUGCUGUAAAAGGAUCAACAGUGGUCAUAGGCUGCUGGUUCAAUUACCCUUCAAGAGUAAAUGUGUUAAAAAGAGUUUGGUUCACUAAAGUGAACAAUUAUAAUCCUGAAGAUCUGAAAACAGACCCAGCGUAUGCAGGUCGAGUGUCGUACAGCUCUCAUUGGAAAAACUGCACUCUGACAAUCAGAGACCUGAGAGAGAGCGACUCAGCUGUGUACAAGUUCAAGUUUGAAACAGACUGGGAAGAUUUUAUUGGUUUACCUGGAGUCACUCUGACUGUCACAGCUCUUCAGGUACACGUGGACACAUCAUCUAAUUCCAACUGGGCAACACUGACUUGUCAGAGCAGUUGUCGACUGCACGAUCAUUCCUCCUACAUCUGGUACAAAAAUGGACACAAGGUUUCUAGUAGAAACCAGAAUCGGUAUUCAGUCAAUCUGAAGCCUUCAGAUAGCUACUCCUGUGCUGUAAGAGGUCGUGAAGAUUUCCCCUCUCCUUCAGUGUGUGUCCGAGGUGGAACAACUCUGACUGUCACAGAUGUUCAGGUCAGUGUGUCGACUGGAGGACAGUUGUAUUGUGUCACCAGGUGUGAUCCUUAUGUUUCAUCUUAUGUCUGGUACAAAAAUGGACAACAAGUGAUUGGAGCCAGAUCUUCUUCUUAUGACGUGCCAUAUGACACUUCAAACAGCUACUCAUGUGCUUUAAAAGGAUUUGAGGAGUUUUGCUCUGCGUUAGUUUGUGCCCGAGGUGAUUCAUGCAACAGAGUGAAUUACAGCAACAGAAGCAUCUUUCCACGGGUGAAGGUGAGCAGAAUAAUAUCAGUCCAUGAGUCUCAGACUGAGGCAGAGCUGAAGUGUGAAAGCAGCUGCAGUCCAGCUGGUCGUCUUUCUUUUGUCUGGUUCAAAAACAAUCAGUUUAUGGUUGAACAAAGUUCUUAUCAAGAUCUGUUCAAUCCUGGAGACAUCAUCUCCUGUGCUUUCAAAGGACACGAAGAUUAUCCCUCAGAUCCUGUGUAUGCUCCAAAAUUUGCUUCAGUACUGGUGCUGAAUAACUCUCAUGAGAUAGUGGAGGGUAGCUCUGUGAAUCUGACCUGCAGCAGUGAUGCUAACCCAGCAGCUAAUUACACCUGGUACAAGGACAAAAAACCAAUCAGUACAGAACAACGGCUCAUCUUCAGGUCCAUCCAGUCUUCUGACUCUGGAGAGUAUCAUUGUACCGCUAAGAAUGAGCUGGGUCAAAGACCAUCUGAAGUCAUCUUUAUCAAUGUGAAAUAUGCUCCAAAGCUUGCCUCUGUGUCAGUGAGUCCCUCUGCUGAGAUAGUGGAGGACAGUUCAGUCAAUCUUACCUGCAGCAGUGAUGCUAACCCAGCAGCUAAUUACACCUGGUACAAGGAGAACAAAUUAUUGCUUCAUGGACCAGCGGGAAGGUACCAUUUAUCCUCCAUCAGCUCUGAGGACAGCGGGAACUACUCGUGCAAAGCUGAGAAUCUGUAUGGACCAGCACAGUCCGUAACUCUAUACAUAGAUGUCGAGUAUCGUCCGAGGCUUCCCUCUGUGUCAGUGAGUCCCUCUGCUGAGAUAGUGGAGGGCAGUUCAGUGACUCUGACCUGUAGCAGUGAUGCUAACCCAGCAGCUAAUUACACCUGGUACAAGGAGGAUGAAGAAUCACCAAAAGCAUCAGGCCAGAACUUCACCAUCACUGACUUCAGACCCGAACACAUUGGGAGUUAUUACUGUGUUGCACAGAACACAAGAGGACAUCAUAACUCCACCUUACAGCUGAUUGUUACAGCAA